GAAAUCGAUAGGUCGCACUUGUUACGCAAGCGAGCAACAGGUUUUUGAUCUGAUUCAGAUUAUAUUCCACAUCGUGUGAUCUCUCGGUUUAAUCAUUUAAUUGUCAACGUCCGUGAUGUCCGCCAAUCUGCUGCAGGCUACGCGCAACCUCUGCGCCCAGGCGCGUCGCUCGUACAGCUCCAAAAUCCAAGAUGUCUUGGUGGUGUCCGCCGCCCGCACACCUAUCGGCAGCUUCCAGAGCCAACUGGCACCGCUGAGUGCCACCCAGCUGGGCGCCACGGCCAUCGAGGCGGCCAUUGAACGAGCCGGCAUCGCCAAGAGCGACGUCAAUGAGGUGAUCAUGGGCAAUGUGGUGUCCGCGGGCCUCGGACAGGCACCCGCCCGCCAGGCGGCCAUCUUCGCCGGCCUGCCGACCAACGUGUGCUGCACGACCGUGAACAAGGUGUGCUCCUCGGGCAUGAAGUCCGUCAUGCUGGGCGCCCAGUCGCUGAUGCUCGGCUAUGCCGAUGUGGUCAUCGCCGGCGGCAUGGAGUCCAUGUCCAAUGUGCCCUUCUAUCUGAAACGCGGCGCCACACCCUACGGCGGCGUCAACCUCACCGACGGCAUUGUCUUUGACGGCCUCUGGGACGUCUACAACAAGUUCCACAUGGGCAACUGUGCCGAGAACACGGCCAAGAAGAUGGGCAUCUCGCGGGCGGACCAGGACGCCUACGCCAUUCAAUCGUACAAGCGCUCGGCCCUCGCCUGGCAGGCCAAUGCCUUUGCCAACGAGAUCGCACCCGUCAAGAUCCAGCAGAAGCGCAAGCCCGAGGUGACCAUCAGCGAGGAUGAGGAGUACAAGCGCAUCAAUUUCGAUAAAUUCGGGCAGCUGGCGACGGUGUUCCAGCGGGAGAACGGCACUGUGACCGCCGGCAAUGCAUCCACGCUGAACGAUGGCGGCGCCGCUGUCGUUCUGAUGUCCGCCGAUGCGGUGAAGCGUGCGGGGCUCAAGCCUCUGGCGAGGAUUGUGGCAUUCCAGGAUGCAGAGACCGAUCCCAUUGACUUCCCCAUUGCACCGGCCUUCGCGGUGCCCAAGCUGCUGGAGCGCGCCGGCGUGCGCAAGGAGGAUGUGGCCAUGUGGGAGAUCAAUGAGGCCUUCUCCCUGGUGGCGCUGGCCAACAUGAAGAAAAUGGACUUGGAUCCUGCCAAGGUGAAUGUGCACGGCGGCGCCGUCUCCCUGGGUCAUCCCAUUGGCAUGUCCGGUGCCCGUCUGGUCACCCAUCUCGCCCACAGCCUCAAGCCCGGCCAGCUGGGCUGUGCGUCCAUCUGCAAUGGCGGCGGCGGUGCCUCCUCCAUUCUGAUCGAGAAGCUCUAAGGAGCUCCAGGGAGUCCGUGACUCUCCAGCCAACCAGAAAUGCAUUUAUUUUCUAACCGAUUGAAAUUGUU